AUGAAGAUCAACAAUAACACCUUAGUCACUUCCUUCUACUCCUCAACCCUAUUUCCUGGCUCUCAACAUAUGGUCUCAAUUGAAUCACCACUAAUGCUUUUGAGCUUUUCCUUCUCUAUUCUUCUUCUCGUGGCAAUAUUGUUCUUUCUUUUUGUCAAGUACAAAUACAAAUCCAUUGGGAAUAAGAACAAAUCACCACUUCCUCCUGGCCCAAAACCAUGGCCGAUAGUUGGAAAUCUCCCCGAAAUGCUUAGAAACAAACCCGCCUUCCAAUGGAUACACAACCUUAUGGAUGAAAUGAACACUGAAAUAGCUUGUAUUCGUCUAGGAAACGUUCAUGUUAUCACAGUUACUAGUCCUGAAUUGGGACGAGAGUUCCUGAAGAAUCAAGAUGCCAUUUUCUCAUCUAGACCCAUUUGCAUGGCUGCUGAACUUGCUAGCAACGGUUACUUGGCAGCAAUUCUUGUUCCCUUUGGAGAACAAUGGAAAAAAAUGAGGAGAAUCCUCGCUUCUGAGGUGCUUUCUCCGGCGAAACACCGGUGGCUUCAAGGCAAAAGAGACGAAGAAGCUGAUCACCUUGUUCGUUACGUGUAUAACCAGUGCAAAACCACCAUGGAAGGCGGAGUAGUGAAUGUGAGAAUUGCCACUCAGCAUUACUGUGGUAAUGUGAUAAGGAAAAUGAUCUUUGGAAAGAGGUUUUUCGGAAAAGGAAUGGAAGAUGGAGGACCAGGGGUUGAAGAGGAAGAGCAUGUCGCCGGGCUUUUCACCAUUCUUGGGUACCUUUAUUCUUUUUGUAUCUCUGAUUAUUUACCAUGUUUAAGAGUGUUUGACAUAGAUGGGCAUGAGAAGAUUAUGAAGAAAGCUCUUGGGACUGUAAGAAAAUAUCAUGAUCCUGAAAUUGACCAAAGAAUUGGGAAAUGGAAGGAAGGUUGUAAGAAAGAAAAAGAAGACUUGCUUGAUGUUCUGAUUACUCUCAAAGAUAUAGAUGGUAGACCAGUGUUGUCAGCUGAAGAGAUCAAAGGCCAGAUAGUUGACGCUGGCUCGGAGGUGGGGCUUUCUGACCCGGAGCUGAAGAUGUUUUCGUUUAGCACAGGAAGGCGUGGGUGUGCGGGGGUGACAUUGGGUUCUACCCUGACUGCCAUGCUUUUGGCUAGGCUUCUUCAAGGGUUCACUUGGAAGUUGCCACCCUCCGUGUCUAGUAUUGACCUCAGAGAGGCACAGACUAAUCUCUCUCUAGCUCACCCACUACUAGCUCUAGCACAGCCACGCUUGGCUGGAAAUUUGUAUCUUGCAGCUUGAAUCUUCUUAUAUACAAAUAAGUAUGUAAUAGUACGUAGAGUUAUGUACGUAAAUGAAUAAG